CAAAGCGCGAAGACGUUGUUUUUCUGCUUAUAUUAUUUUCGAGCUUCCAUUGUUUAUUUUUUCCACUUUGUUUUUGUUUUUGUUUUGAGCUGCAAGUCGCGUUCGAGCAGUGUUUAUUUUUUAUUUUUAUCGCCUUUACCGAUGAGCGCAAGUGAUUGAAAUUCUGCGCCAGUGCGCGCUAGUGUAAAAGAAGUGAGAAACGUUCGAGGAGUUGAACAACUAAAAAGACAGUCACAUAAUUGGAGGCAGCGAUUCGAAACGUUUCCAAAUGAAAUUGAAGCACCUCGAAAAAAAAAGAUCAAAGCUAGAGCCAGGCAAUUGCCAUUUGCGAUUCAGCGAUUGCGGAUCGAAUUGAACUUAAGCAAAUUGUUGCAUAGCCACCACAACAUAUAGUACACCUGUGUGCUUUUUUAACCGAAGGUCGACCGCAUCUUUACAGGCUUUCGCCUCUGCGUCACUAUCUCAAGAAUGUGUUAAUUCGGCGGUGAUUCGACUUCAACAACAACAUCCAAAGCGACUGCCUAUACGGCGACAACAACACUGUGCCGCUUGACGACACAAGAUUUGCAUAAAAAAGUAAACAAACGCGGCUCAAAGAAAACAAAAGAGAAAAACCGCUGACGAAAAAAUCAAAACAAAAUCAGUUCCAUACAUAUAUCAAUACAUUAGCUUUGAAAAUGACUAUGCCAUGACAACAAGCCAAACGUUAAAUAUUUUAACACAUAGUUAUGUAUCACUUAAUUUUUGUUUGAAGGUUAUGACAGUCGAAAAGAAAAAAGUAUCGAAAUGAUUGGACUACGGCCGCAUCGCAAGCGUUUUGAGCUGUUUUUAAUGGUUCUGAUUGGCGUGGCCUGGGGCAUUCUAUUGUCGGAGUUGAUGCGAAGAUCCCACUGGAAAAAUAACAAGGACCUGGUGAGGGUGAAAAGCAGCCCUUUCCCAACCAGUCGUCGGAUAAGUCCUUCCACCUCAACUUCCACUUCUACCUAUACGACGACCACCACAACAUCUUCAUCACCCAAUGUCCUGGCCUCCAAUCUUUUCAACGAGACACGGGUCCUUUGCAUGGUCCUAACCAGCCCGAAAACCCACCACAGCAAAGCUAUUCACAUCCAGAGAACCUGGGGCACUCGUUGCAACAAGCUAAUCUUCAUGAGCAGCAAGGCGGAUAAGGAACUGCGAACCGUGGUCAUCAAAGUGAGGGAGGGCUACUCAAAUCUAUGGCCCAAGACACGGGCAUCACUGCAGUAUGUCUACAAGCAUCAUUUUCGGAAUUACGACUGGUUUCUGAAGGCCGACGAUGACACCUACGUGAUAAUGGAAAACCUACGGGCAUUUUUAUAUGCCUACAGUCCAAGCAGCCCAGUUUAUUUUGGAAAUAAGUUUCGCAGCAAUGUAAAAGAGGAAUACAUGACAGGAGGAGCGGGCUAUGUACUGAGCAAAAUGGCCCUGCACCGACUAAUAAACGAGGGAUUUGGCAACAGCAGCAUCUGCAGCAAUCGCGGCUAUGGCUAUGAAGAUAUUGAACUGGGACGAUGUCUGCGGGGUGUGGGCGUGGUGGGUGGAGAUUCCAGGGAUGAGCAGGGAUUGAACCGCUUUAUACCCUUCUCACCGCUACACUGGUAUCCAGAGGCUCCAAAAUGGUACCGACCACUGCUCUACUACACGACCCCAAAUAUCACCAGUGACUGCUGCUCAAACUCGGCUAUCUCGUUUCACUACAACAAUGCCAAGGAGUUUUACGUUUUGGAGUAUGUUAUCUAUAAGCUAAGAGCAUUCGGCAUAAAAAGAAUCCAGGAUCAUUUGCCAGCAAGGAAAUCCAUAUAUAGCACUAAUGAGACCAAACAAAUGGAAGUCAACAAUAUUGUGGUAGUAAAAAAUGUCACAGAACCAAAAGUCAUAAUCCAAAACAUAUCCCUCUAACAAAGAGUAGUUUAGUUUUAUAUUGACUGCAACAGACAAUGCCAAAGAGUAAGACCAAGAUAUCAAAAAUUAUCUAAAACUACUCCUUUAAUUAAAACACUGAGUUGUACAUAUAAUAUAAU